GGAAGUGGCUGGCUUCUCCGGGUCCGGCCGCCGAGGGCGCCUCUGAGCAUGGGCAGAGCGCCUCCGGUCCCGUCCCCCCCGCCGGUCGCCCGCCGCUCUUCCCGCCUCUUGUAGGCGCCGCCGAGAGCCCAGAAUGGCCCCCGCCUGGUGGCGCUGCUUCUUCCUCUACGACGCCUCGAAGGUGCGGGGCGAGGGCGACCCCACCCGCGCCGGGAUCUGCUGCUUCCACCCGCGCCAGGCCCCGCGGGACGAGCAGGAGCUGCUGUGCGGGCAGAUCGCGGGGGUGGCCCGCUGCGCCCUGGAGAUCUCGGGCUCCCCGCCGGGCCUCAUCCGGCUGCGGAAGCUGAAGUUCGCGCUGGAGGCCGAGGGCAGCUUCCUGUGGGUCCUGGGCUGCACCGCCGACCUCUCGGACCUCAGCUGCAGGCGGCUCCUGGAGCGGCUGCUCGGCCUCUUCCGCUUCUACAACGGGCCGGCUUCCCGGGCCUACCUGGAGCGCCCCCAGGAGGACCUCGACCGGGAGUGGGAGCUGUACGUGGACCACCUGCAGCAAAGCUCCAGCGACCUCCACCGGGUCUUUGACUCCCUCUGGGCCUGGGACAAAACCAAGGUGGACCCUCUGCUCCUGCUGAAAGCUGCCCUCAUCCUGCAGAGCUGCCAGCGUUCGCGCCACGUGCUGGCCGGCUGCAUCCUCUACGAGGGCCGGGUGGUCAGUACACAGCUGCCACCGGAGCUGACUGCCAGGGUUUUGCUGCAGAAGGGAGCAGAGGAGGGAAGCAGUGGGCCGGAAGAGGGAGCAUCACAGCUCAAAGAAGGCAGUUCCCUGACCUCUUUUGCGCUGACAGCUUUACCGCCCGGGGUCUGCGUCACGCCUGUUUACCUCUUGGAGGCCGAAGCAGCCGCCCUGCGGUACCUGCCGGUCGAGUGGACGACCAGGGGGUCCCAGGAGGACUUGGCCAGCAGCAAAGGGAGCGAGACUCCCGCAGGAGGAGCAGACGGAGCCCCCUUGGUGAGGAUGGCCUUGUACGUUCACCACAUCCGGGGCUUGGUGCUGGCCCUCCUGGCUGAAGAGCCCUUGGUGAGCUCCACAGACUUCAUGGAGGAUGUGUACCACAGCAGCCUGGCUUCCCUGAACGGCCUGGAGGUGCACCUGGCAGAGACCCUUCCCAAGGGCCCCCUCCCCUCCUCCAGGAGCACCUACAACUUUGCUCACUACGACGCCGUCCAGAACAUCCUCACCACCAACGUCCUGCAGACCACGAGCCCCGAGGACCAGCUCUUCCUGCAAGGCACCGGCCUCAUCCACGCCACCUUUGAGCAGCUGCCCACUGCCUCCGAACUGACGCUCAGGAAUUCCAGCACGGCUGUCUACGGCUGCCGGAACGCCGUCCAGGAGAGCUACUUCCAGCAGAGGGGUUUGCCGCCCUACAACUCGGGGGUGCCCAACCCCCGGGAUAGCAUUGUCGGCCUGCCUGGCAAGGCCAGGCAGAAGCUCCUCAAGCACGGGGUGAACCUGCUCUGAGGUGGACUCACCACACCUGCCCAGGACUGCCUGGCGCAGAGGCCUUGGAAGCUGCCGACCGGGCUUGGCCCACGGACUCCUUGCCAUGCCUUCCCACGGGUGGCCCUGCCUGAAGGAGCCUCUUGGCCAAAGAGAGCGGGGAGUUCAGGUCCUGCCCACCGUGGGUGGCUCCCGUCUUUGGGUUUCUUUCUCCUCCACCCUCCCCAGUGCCUACAAGUGCAGCCCCCGCCCCCCUUGCAGGCCUGGGGAAAGAGGGGGGGGCUCUUGCCCUGGCAGAGCCUUUGGAAAGAGACUUGGCCCCAGGAGGGGGAGUGGCAGCAGUUGGGGGCCUCCCCCUCUGGGAGGCACUUUCUGAAUGGCAGAGGGUGGCACUUCCUCUGCCUUGCCCCCACCCUCCUUGCUGCUGGCACUCCCCCAGGCUUUCCUGUUUUGGGGGCGGGGGGGGGCAGUAUUUGCUAAGGAGUUCCUGCCCUGGGAUGGGCUGAGGCCCGUUGCCCCCCCUGCUCCUCCGGAGCCUCUGGAAAUCUCUCUUCUGCAGGAAAGCAGGGGCCUGGGGGCUUAAAUAGGGGCCUGGGGGAGAAUAAAGCUGCCGACUAAAGCUGC